AUGGGUGCUCUGGUUUUGCACUUUGCGACGGCUGAAUUUUUGAGAGAACUACCUUCGUAUAAUGAGAAUAAUUUUUCUCGUUUCCAGCCAGAUACAUCAUGUAGAAAUUCUAUAAAAAAGUCUUCUGUAUAUAUAGCUACUAAAGAUCAUCCAUCGGAGCAAAUAAUAACAACGGAGAAAACAACCAUUCUUCUGAGAUAUCUCCAACAGCAGUAUGAAAAAAAGAAGAAUUUUUUGAAACGACAAAAUGACUAUCCAGGGACAAGUGGGGAUUUUGAUCCAGUACCUCAAAAAAAAUCUCGAUUGCAAAUAGAAGACUAAUAGUGAACCCUGCAAUUUGCCAAAUCUGAAAAUCGUGAAUUUUCCACUUUCAUUCUUUUUGUUUUGUUUGUGUAUGUGCCUAUCAAAUUGAUAUGCACAAUCUGCUUUGUUCCUCGUUUGUAUAUUAAAUACUCUAUAUUUUGUAUUAAUUAGAGAUGUAACUACUACCUAUUGCUAAGUGUACCUUAAAAUUAUUAUAAAUGUACCGUAUCUUUACACUUUGGUUUCCAUUUUGAUUUUCUUUUUAUUUCAUUUGUAUGGUGCUGAUAUUUUUACUAGCCAAUUUUUGUAUAUAUUCUGUUUUGAUGUUUCUUUGGUUGAGCUCAUACAGCUAAUAUUAAAACAAAGUUCUUUAUUUCUUACAUUUCCAAAGAUUUCCAUGUAACCAUCUGCAUGCAGUGUGCUAUAUUAAUGUGUUUAAGCACAAAUACUAUGCAAAUUCAUAAGUAAAAAUGUGACUGUGGUAUUAUGCAAUAGCAGCAAUAUGUAAAAUCCUUGUUGCUCCCUUUUAUAUAUGUUGGUUUGUAGCAUUUGAUGGAAAAGAUGUGUUGAAUAAAAAUGAGUCAUUCUUC